UGAUGAUCCCCCAAAGUACCUAAAAAUACUAUUAUAAUACCGUGAUUUGUGUUUUUUAAGUGAUAUACACAGGUGCUAAUAUCUGUAUGUAAAUAGUUGGCAAGUAGAAUUAGGAAAGUAUAUACAUUCGUGUGCUAUUUACUAGUGUUAUCUCGCACAAUCCUCAUUGCGUCAAAAAGACACGUCAAACCACGAUGUGUAAAUCACAGAAACAGUACACCUGGGAAGAGGUCGCCGAGCACAACAGUGCGGAUGAUCUUUAUGUCGCUAUCCGAGGAAAGGUAUACGAUGUCACGAAGUUCAAAGAUACGCACCCCGGGGGUUUAGAGACAUUACUUGCAGCGGGGGGCCGUGAUGCCACACAGGUUUUCGAGACGUACCACUCCUUUCGAGUGAAGGAGCUCCUUCAUAAAUACGAAGUCGGCCAUUUGGUGACCAAUGAGUUGCCCACCUUCCCUGCACCUAACGAGUUCUUCGUAGCUGUCAAGUCGCGAGUUGACGACUACUUCAAGAAGACAAAGCAAAACCCUAAGUACAACCACUGGAUGCUGGUGCGAUACUUCGCAAUCUUCGGUACUAUCUUUGGCUCGUGGGCUAUCACCUUAAACACCGAUUCACUACCUCUGCAGCUACUGCUUUGCUUGCCGCUCGGUCUUGCCUGUGCUAUGGUAGGCCUGAUGCCAAUGCAUGACAGCUCGCACUUCUCCUUCACACACAACCCCACAGUAUGGUUUGCGCUCGGCGCCACCCACGAUUUUGUCAACGGAGCGUCCUAUCUGUGCUGGUUGUACCAGCACAUGUUAGGUCACCAUCCCUACACAAAUAUCGAUGGUGCUGAUCCUGAUAUUGUCACAAGUGAAAAUGACGUGCGGAGAAUCAAGACAUCUCAGCCAUGGUACAGCUUCUAUGUUAAUCAGCACAUCUAUGUGCCCAUCCUGUACGCCGUGCUGGGACUCAAGACCCGUUUCCAGGACGUCACCAUCGUAUUCGGUUCCAAGAUGAACGGUGCCAUCCGCGUCAACAAUCCGUCACCCGCCCAGACCUACGUCUUUUGGGGUGGCAAAGUGUUUUUUGCCCUGUAUCGGCUUGUGCUACCUCUGGCAUUGGGCAUGAGUUUAUUGCGUGUUAUUGGUCUUUUCCUGCUGUCCGAUGCCGUGACCUCGUACUGGCUGGCGUUGACAUUCCAGGCUAACCAUGUGGUGGAGGAUGUGGCGUGGCCUGAGCUGGACUCAAAGGGAAACAUCCUAAGGGACUGGGCUGAGCACCAGGUGGACACAACGCAAGACUACGCACACGAAUCCUGGUUCUGGAAUGUGUUCUCCGGUGCACUAAACCAUCAGACCACUCACCAUAUAGUACCACAGGUCAAUCAGUACUACUAUCCAGAGAUCAGUCCCAUCGUGCGACAGGCUGCCAAGGAAUUUAACAUCCCGUACCAUUACAAAGAGACUUACUCAGAGGCCAUAGGUGGACACCUGCAGCAUCUAUACAAUCUGGGCCAUAAGACAAACGAAUGAAUCACUUGAAGCAAGAAUGGAGCACCAUUCUGAUAAUACAAGCACUACGUCCAAUCAGUGACUACAGUUUCCUUUGUGUUCCUGUUAGAACGAAACAAAAUCCGUUUGGGUGUGGUACAGCCAUUAAGGUGUCGGCCCCAUCGUGCGACAAAGACUACAAAAGACCGACCACAUAGAACCAUACUCAAAAGGCCGUAGUAGUAAAUGCCGCAUCAUAAUGAGUUCAAAAGUACGUUCUUAUGAUGUGAAAGGUAGAGUAUAAAUUUUCAGUUAGUUAGUUAAAAAAAUAAAUACAAUUUAAAGAGGAAGAGGGAAACUAAUAUGUAUAAUUACGAGUCCUUCUUGCAAGGACCGCUUCCUAAACCUUACGGCAAGACUUUAGAAUAAAGAAGAAACGCGCAGAUGAUAUUAUUAUAUUUUAGACCUGAGUUAGCAGAAUUUAUUGUCAAACUCCUCACUCGCCCAAUCCUCCCUGUACUGCAGUACAUUGUGUCGCAAGAUAUGUCCCAUCCACUCUUGAUCGUGCGUCGCAGAUAGUUUCUCAGUGCAGAUUACCCACUCUUCGUCCUCCUAUAUACAGUUUUGUUUCCAACAAUGGUCCACCCUGAUAUUACUUGCUACAUUGGUGUGGUUGUGACAUUGCUUUAAAAUGGCGAGAACAGGGCAGCGACGCUUGGGGUCUCCGCACAACU